GAGCUCCUCCUAUCCGGCGUGCGGUAGACGGUAGAAGCGUUGGCUGGUUAUUGCGAUUGUUUAUUCGGGUUGGCACCAGUCGGCUUGUAUUUCACGCUGUCACACGUUCUGACAGAUGUCAGAGAAGCAGGAAGCUGCAAAAUGGCGGCGGACUACUUAGCGCUUCUGAUCGGAUGGGGUCCCUUUACGGGGUUACUACUGAUUUUUUUGGUUUUUAGUUGGAUUUAUGUCCGAAGAUACCAAAGCAAUCGUUUCAGUGAAGUGUUUCCGACUCUGACAGCGAUAUGUUCGCUGACUCUUGCCCUGACCACCUCAGCAAUUCUGCCUGUGGACAUUUUCCUUGUCUCGUAUAUGAAAAAUGAAAAUGGCACGUUUAAGGAUUGGGCAGCAGACAACACCACACGGCUGCAAAUUGAGAACACGGUUUUAAUUGGCUAUUACAUCUUCUAUUCAUGCAUUUUGUUCUGCGUGUUUAUGUGGAUUCCUUUUGCGUAUUUCUAUUAUGAAGAAAAGGAUGAUGAGGAGGGUCGCUGUAUACAAAUAAAAACAGCCCUCAAAUAUACUUUUGGAUUUAUGAUGGUCUGCUCCUGUCUUCUACUUGUUGGAAUAUUUAUCCCUUUGGACAUUAGCAGAAACAGAAAUGUCACUGAGGCGGAAAAGAUAAUGCUUUUGUUUGAAGAACUGGGAAGUAACUACGGUUUGGCAGCCUUGUCAUUUUCCGUUAGUUCUUUGACCUUGAUAGGAAUGUUGGCAGCAAUCACCUACACAGCUUAUGGAAUGUCUGCGUUGCCCUUACGUUUUAUUAUAGGUUACAAAAGUGUGGUUUAUGAACGCUUACAAAACGUGGAAGAUAUGGAAGAACUGAAAGUGAAAAUUGAAAGAAUUAGGUCAAAGUGCAAAGAUGGAAGGCCAUUAUUAAGCAUGGACAGGCAUAACCUUCAGAAGCUUGAAGACAAUUUGCGGACACUGAGAAAGAAGGAGGGACUUUUUGACCUUUACGAAAAGAGCUCUUGCUCAAAAUUCUGUAUAGCUAUGCGGCCACUUAAGAUUGUUUGGGGAAUCUUCAUAAUCUUACUGGCAUUUCUGUUUGUGACAUCCCUUUUCCUUACAAACUUAGAUAAAGCCCUCCACUCUGCUGGCUUCAAUACUGGAUUCAUAAUCUUUGGGACCAAUUUAAGCAAUCCUAUGAACGCUCUGCUCCCUGUUCUGCAGAAGGUUUUUCCUCUAGAUUACUUCUUUAUUGCAGCAGUCACCAUGUAUUUGGUCUUUAGUUCAAUGGCUGGAUUAAGGAACAUGGGAAUAUGGUUCUUCUGGAUAAGGUUGUACAAGAUAAAAAGAGGCCGAACACGACCACAGGCUCUUCUGUUUCUCAGCAUGAUCCUUCUGCUUAUUGUUCUGUACACAAGUUACAUGACUUAUAGCCUUGCACCUCAGUAUGUGAUGUAUGGAAACCAAAGAUACCUGGCGAAGACCAAUGAUACACAGCAGGAUGGUAAUGGAAAUUAUACAACCUUUGUUUCCAAGGAAUGCAGCACUGAUGCCCCACAAGACCAGUGCAUGGUGACCCGAACAUACUUAUUUCUUCAUAAGUUUUGGUUCUUCAGCUCCAUCUAUUACUAUGGAAACUGGACUUUCAUUGUUGCUUUUAUUUUUGGAUUCAUUGUAUCUUGUUGCAAGGGCAAGAAAGCAAUCAUUGAAGGAGGAGUGGAAGAUGAGGAUUCUGAACUUAGUGAUACAGAUGACUUUCCAUAUAUUUAAAAGUAUACCAUAUUUAGCAAUAUCAGCCUACUUUUACACCAAAGGCUAUAUCUCUGCAGUGUACAAAUACAAUAAAUGCAAUUAUUAAAAUGUGAAAUUAAAUAUAAUAAUUUAACAUGCUAAGUGUUAUUUAACACAUUGCAGUAAUUUUAUGUGUGAAUUGUAUAUACAAUUGGGGUUAUAGUUUGAAUGUACUAUGCACUAAAAUAAUUUUGUAAAUAUUAAUAUUUUCUGCUUUACUCAUCAUACAACCUUUUUAUUUUCUUCAGAUUACUGUUUUUGAAUAUGACUUAUAAAUUUACCUAUUUGUGCAUUUGACAGUUAUUUGUUAAGAGAAGCAGUUUUGGAAAUAUUAAACACUAACUGGUAAUUGGUUCUCCAUUUGUAUUGGCUGACCUAAUGUUUUUCAAAUUACAUUAAAACCUGUGAGUAUUUUUUUAUAUUGACAGUAAAAUAACAUUCCUGGAA